UCCUUCGACGGUGUGGGUGUCCCGCCCGCCACCUCGGAGAGCCAAUCCCUUCACAAGGAUCACCUUUAUUUUAUUUUCUGGCAGCCGGAGGCAGAAACGAGAAAGCAACAGAUGGAGAGGAGCGCGCGCCUGCAACUUUCCAAGGGGAUAAGCAGAAGAGCCAGGGGUGGGAGACGACAAACAGUGACUUAUAACUGAUGGGAGUGGAUGCGAGCCUCAGGUCAUGCAGUUCCUCGCUCCUUCUCGUCUUCCACCCCCCAACAACCUCUUUCCUCCCUUGCAAAGGAACAGAGAGGCGGCGGAGAGGGGUGGGACCAGGAGCGCGCGGCGCAGAAAGAGGAGGAGCCGGGGCUCCUUGGCUAGGAGGUGGAAAGUAAAAAGGGGGCUGAUUCCACCAGCCGCACACAAGCGAAGCCGGUCUCGCCUGUGCAGCCAGCAGCCCGAGCCGAGAUCGACCAGCAGCGCGAUUUCUCUCUCCUCCAAAACUUUUUCUUUGGCGACGUCUCCAAGUCCCUCGGCGCGCCUCUCCAAAGUCGCCUUCCUUACCGAUGUAGAGAAGAGGAGCGCCCACCCCCUGUACCAGCCAGUUCCCUCCGAUUUCCACAGCCCCCCUUUCCUCAACCCGGACUUUUGCAAGAGGGGUCGACCUGGUCCCCGAGGGAGAGAAGGGGGCGGACCCCGGAGGAGUCCCUCCGCCGCGCGGGGUCAGGAAGGAGAGCUCUCUCGGCGGCGCGAGGGUCUUGCCCCGGAGGGGGGCGCCGCCGCGGACGUCUCCGCCGUCGGGCUCCUCCUCGGCGAGGGCGAUGGUGGCGCUGCUGCUGCCGCCGCCCGCCUUGCUGGCCGCCCUGGGCGGGCUGUUGGCGAGCUGGGCGCCGCCGCCGGCCGCGGGCGCGUCGUGCGAGCCGGUGCGCAUCCCGCUGUGCAAGUCGUUGCCCUGGAACAUGACCAAGAUGCCCAACCACCUGCACCACAGCACGCAGGCCAACGCCAUCCUGGCCAUGGAGCAGUUCGAGGGCUUGCUGGGCAUCCACUGCAGCGCCGACCUGCUCUUCUUCCUGUGCGCCAUGUACGCGCCCAUCUGCACCAUCGACUUCCAGCACGAGCCCAUCAAGCCCUGCAAAUCCGUGUGCGAAAGGGCCCGCGCCGGCUGCGAGCCCGUGCUCGUCAAGUACGGCCACGCGUGGCCCGAGAGCCUGGCCUGCGAAGAACUGCCCGUCUACGACCGAGGCGUCUGCAUCUCCCCGGAGGCCAUCGUCACGGCCGAGGGAUCCGAUUUCCCUAUGGAGUCUAAUAAUGGCAACUGUAGAGGCGCCGGCAAUGAGCGCUGCAAAUGCAAGCCAAUAAAAGCAACCCAGAAGACUUAUCUUCGGAACAAUUACAACUACGUCAUUCGAGCUAAAGUGAAGGAGGUGAAGACCAAAUGUCACGAUGUCACUGCAGUAGUGGAAGUGAAGGAGAUACUAAAAUCUUCCUUGGUGAACAUUCCUAGGGACACUGUAAACCUGUACACAAACUCUGGCUGCCUCUGCCCACCUCUCAAUGCUAAUGAAGAAUACAUCAUCAUGGGUUACGAAGACGAAGAGCGCUCGAGGUUGCUCUUGGUAGAAGGCUCCAUAGCUGAGAAAUGGAAGGAUCGACUUGGUAAAAAAGUCAAGCGCUGGGAUCAGAAACUCCGCCAUCCUGGGAAGGGCAGAAACGAACCUGGACAAAGCGAUUCUGCUCAAAAAUCCAGCAGAAGCACCAACCCGCGGCAAAGGCACAACUAGAUGCAACAAUGUCACGUGUCAGGCAAAAAAUAAUAACAGUCCAUGGACUUCUAUAAAUUAAAAGACUUGCCUUGUUGGAGCAGCAAAGAAGAAAUUGCACUAUUGCACGUUGUAUUCUAUUGUUUACUAUGAGAUCAUGUUGUAGUCCAGAUUAGUUUUAUCUUCUUCUUGUGUUUUCUGGCCCCUUGUAUUUGUAGGAGUAUAGACACACAGAAUUUUUUAUUUUAUUUUUUGGUAUAUUAUCCUCACAAAUAUCUGUGGACCAUUUCUAUGAGAGUGGUUUUUUUUUCUUUUUUGAAAAAAUGGCAAAUGUGACACGGUUAGCAGGUGCCAGAGCCACUGUUUGUCCAUAGUCAACUGAAUCUGUUAAUCUGCUCUGAACCCAUGAAAUAUUCAAGUUGCCCCAUUCUUUUCAGCAGAGGGACUUGAUGCGUUCAUGCAUUGCCUUCUAUGCGUAAACCAAGGGUAGGUCACCGCAGAGGUCUGGAAUGGAAACAGUGGCACAGGGUUGGGUCAGAUUACCUUCUCUGUAGGCAAAAGCUACGUGCAGUGAAGGAGUGAGAUUGUGCCUUAUAUGCCCUCUCACCAGGCGCACUGGUGAGAUGCCCCAGCUUGCUGCAAAUUAUUUACAUAGGGCUUAUGCGUCUGAAAUGGGACGUGGGUGGCGCUGUGGGUAAAACCUCAGCGCCUAGGACUUGCCGAUCGCAUGGUCGGCGGUUCGAAUCCCCGUGGCGGGGUGCGCUCCCGCUGCUCGGUCCCAGCGCCUGCCAACCUAGCAGUUCGAAAGCAUCCCCGGGUGCAAGUAGAUAAAUAGGGACCACUUACUAGCGGGAAGGUAAAUGGCGUUUCCAUGUGCGGCUCUGGCUCACCAGAGUAGCUUCGUCACGCUGGCCACGUGACCCGGAAGUGUCUGCGGACAGCGCUGGCUCCCGGCCUCUAGAGUGAGAUGAGUGCACAACCCUAGAGUCUGUCAAGACUGGCCCGUACGGGCAGGGGUACCUUUACCUUUACCUUAUGCGUCUGAAAUUCAGUAUGUGCAGGCCCCAAGUGUAUAUCAUUCCAGGCUGGGGAGAAACUGUGUGAUUCAGUCCUUUGUGCCACUGAGAUCUGGGCCGGACGGUGCAUUUUAGUUCCCCUACAGUGCUCGGCACCUAUAUUUGGGAGUCGGCGAAAUCAUCUGAACUGGGUCACAGUCACACAGACACUCAGAUCCUGACAUUUCCUGGGUUUGAAAAACAAAAGGGCCAAAUGUAUACAUGGCUUGGGAACGGUGAGGGUUAACAGUCAAAAUUUCAAAAGGGAAGACAAGAUGAUUUGCAAGUUUAGAGAAGUGGGCAAAAGAACGUUGGACCAAACAUGGCAUAACAUUUUCUGCAUUUUGUAAUUAAUCUGAGCAAGGGGUAGGUUCUGUUACCCAUUAAGAGUUCACCCUCCCACCCCCUCAACCUGUUGAAACCCUUGUUGGCAGUAUGGAAAAGGAGGAUUAUACAAAGAGGUUAUACCAAGAGCUACCCGUACCUAUUGGAGCAGGCCUGUUAAAUGUCGAUUCCUCUUCAAUAAACCACUCACAUUAAGUCUAGCUUUAAAACGUUAACCAUGACAAAUGCUGCACAGAGGACUCGUUUCUGAAUGUCUUAAUCCUUGUGGGAAAGGUUUAUAGAAUUGUGAAGUCUUGCCAGAAGUUAUGUUAAACCUGCUCCCCCUGCCCCUUCCUUUGUUCUGGAGCCACAGGAGUAGACUAUCUUCACCAGGCCUCCUUUGGGGCAGAAACCUGCACUGUGUCAUUUCCACAUUGUAGUUCUGAUUGUGUUUCAGUGGCUCCAUUCAACAUCAGCGUUCGAUGGUCAGCAUUGGAGAUGCAUAACUGAAUAACGGCCGCUGCUAUGAAAAUUACGGCCAAGCACCAUGCCACGUUUCUCAGUGAACAGAGACUUUAUCCUGACUUUCGUUCCCCACCCGCUUGCAGGAAACAUACAUUUUAAUAGCUUUUUGACAUAUUUCAGUUCCGAUCGUCGCAUCCUUUAAGCUUUCCGUAAUGGUGCCAAUAGUUGAAAAAAAAAGUAAUUCUGCCUCUUCCUAUUAUUAUUAUUAUUAUUAUUAUUUUUAUAUUAAAGUACGGAAAUAUCAGUAGAAUACUGAACUAAAACAAAACAAAUAUUUUAGCAGAAAAUAAAAACAUUUAUGUUACAAA